AUGGGAGGAGCUUAAUCCAACAGAUAAAAAUCAUUGCUUAGUUGCUUAAAAUUACUAAUAGAAGACAUUGAGCUGUAUGCAGAUGCUAAAAUACUAAACUAACUGAAAGAAAUUUUUAUAAAAUUUCCAUCUCACUUUGAAAAAAACAGAAAGAAAGUGAUAAAAAUUCUGAGUAAGUCCAUUCCACCGUAAAUACUACAAUUUGAAGACAUUCUACUCAACAAUAUAAGUUCAGUUUUUUAAUGCUCUUUAAUUGCUAACAAAUUAAAUAAAUAAAUCCAAAUUUAGAAAAUAGAUCCAGAUUUUGUUAGAAACUUUAGAUUGAUGAAUUUUGAGAAAUUUAAACCCAAUUACGAAGGAGAAUAUGAAAAUUCAUUAUUAUUACUAUUCCAAGGACUUAAGAGUUAUUGCAAUCUAGCAAAUUAGAUUCUAAAGGAACUAAGAAACAAUAAAUUAGUUUAGAGCUAGAUUUACGUGUUGAUUUGGGAACACUAUUAAAAUCAUUUAAUUAAAUUUUCUAAGGAUCCAGAUUAUGAUUUGAGUCCAAUCAACAAAAGUUUCGAUGAGAAGUUUUAUAAGUUGUCUCCAGAAUUAAAAAUUGAAAUAAUUGGAGCCAAACUAUGGGGAUCCAUGGUUGUAUAAUUAGAUGUCGAUUUCAUACUUGAUGAAUUUAAAUUAGCCAGAAGAUCCAAUAAUUAAUCAUAAAUUCCAUUUAAUCAAUUAUUUAAUGCAAUGAUUGAUAUCAAUAUCGACGUUGCUAACUUACAAUGGAUCGGAAGAAGUGACUUUUAAUUUUCAGAAUAACUCAAAGAUAUUAUUUAAUUCAUCCAACUAGACUCCAAGGAAUUUAUGAAUAAUCUAUAUUUCGAGUCAAAAGGGGAUUUAUUGGUAUUUUUUGAAAAAUGGGAAAAAGAUAAUAUAUUCCUUAAAUCGGCUUUACCAUUGUGGAUUUGCGAGAACUACUUGGAUGGUCUUUUCUUUGAGUAUAGCGAAGAGAAAAUUCAAGAAAAUUUCAAAUUGCUUUCCUAAGUUGAAUAGAAAAAACUCAUUGAAUAAUACUCAAAUUCAGAAAUCAUACCUUAACCCAUCAGAUUUGAGGACUCAUUCUAAUUACAAUUGAAUUCCAAAUACUUCUAGUUUGAUGACUUUUUAUAAAAGAAUUCUGAAUAAAUCCUAAUUAAAAUGAUUAAAUGGUUGAAGUCAGAAAAGUAAUUCAGUAAUAUAAUGUUAAUAAGUGAAAGUACGUAAUAAGGAGGAAGUGCUGCAAUCAAUUAUCAAGAUAUUUCUAAUUGUGUAUUUGAGGAAAAUCAUUAAGUAGAAUAAGGAAAUUAGGAAGUCAAGGUUUAAAGUCUAAUCUAAUCAUAAAUUCCAGAAUCAAAUAUCUUGAAUGAGUAAGAAGAUGAAAUAGUUAGAAUUUGCAAGAAAUAUGAUUCAAUUAAAAAUGUCAUUUAAUCAAGUAUUGAAUAAAGAGAUGAAAACAUAAUUUUUAGAAACAGAGGAUUAAAUCCUAUUCCAAUUGAACUAAUUGACUUUUUCAGCUUUAUCAAACCAAUCAACGAAAUUUAGGCUAUUGAAAUCAUCAAAUAUCUUGGAAAACAAAAAAUAAAGGAAAAAGCCUUAAUAAGUAGUGCCUUAAGUAACAAUAUCGAAUUUGCUAAAGGAUCCAUGGCAGCAGAAUUAUUCUCUUUCAUUAAAUGA